AGACUAAUAUUAAUUGCACGGUGAUCGAGCAAACAGUUAAAAGAUUAUUUUAAUCUCAAUAGCGUUAGUAGCCACGGUAAAAGAGAAUACGAUUUAGAUAUUACCGUUGCUUAUCGUACAACGAAUAGCUUUAAUUUCACUACUUAAAUCACUCGAUUCUCAGUGAUUCCGUGCAUCUGAAAUCGCGAUCCAAAUCGUUCCGAGUACGUGACCCAAGCAUUCGCACAUCGUGUCGUCGUUCGCGUUGUAUGGUACAAAUAGUGUUGCGGGUAAAUUAGAUACUACGAAAUUGUUUAGGAUGGGUACCCAAAAAGAAAAGGAAAAGGAAAAAGAAAAGGACAAGGAUAAGGAAAAGGAGAACUCAAACCAGUCAGCCGCAGGAAAAAACGCCAAGUCAUAUGGGAAAAUAGUGCUUACCCUUCAAAAUUGCCUCUUGCCUGAAGAGAAAUUAAACUCUACUCCGUCCUACUCAGAUGGCUUGGAUACGGAGACAGAAACUGAUCUGCGCAUCCUAGGAUGCGAACUGAUACAAACCGCUGGGAUACUUUUAAAACUUCCUCAGGUUGCUAUGGCCACUGGACAAGUGAUAUUCCAGCGGUUCUAUUACAGUAAAUCACUGGUCAGGCACAAUAUGGAGACAACGGCGAUGGGAUGCGUUUGUCUGGCGAGUAAAAUUGAAGAGGCUCCAAGGCGCAUCAGAGAUGUCAUUAAUGUGUUCAAUCAUAUUAAACAAGUUUCAAGUCAGAAGACUAUCCAGCCCGUCGUACUGGACCAGAGUUAUGUGACGCUAAAGAACCAGGUAAUCAAGGCAGAGAGGCGUGUCCUGAAGGAGCUAGGUUUUUGCGUUCACGUUAAGCAUCCGCACAAGAUAAUCGUCAUGUACCUUCAAGUUCUGGGAUAUGAGAAGAACCGUGCGCUGAUGCAACAGUGUUGGAACUACAUGAAUGAUUCGCUUCGCUCAGAUGUAUUUCUGAGGCAUCAGCCAGAAACUGUUGCUUGUGCAUGCGUUUAUUUAGGUGCACGCCAGCUGCAACUUCCACUGCCCGCGACACCCGCCUGGUUCAGGCUAUUCAAGGUCAGUGAGUCGUCCAUCAGAGACGUUUGCCGACGAGUUUUACGUCUCUAUGCUCGACCCAGCGUCAGUGCCGAACAACUGGAGAAACGCGUGGAUGAACUUCGCAGGCGGUACGAAGAAGCUAGAGCCAAGGCAAGGGGUGGCGAGGUUGACGGUCACACGCCCAGCCCUCCACUACCAAAGCAUCACAAUGCUUGGGGAGGAUUCAUCAGUCGCAGCGGGACACAUGCUGCCCCUGAAAGAGCAAAAUCGCCCAGGCAUUCCAGAUCUACCAGCCUCUCCCCUUCCCGAAAUGACAUUGCAAAACAUGGGAAGCGAAAGAAACACUCAAGUAGAAGUAGAUCGCGGAGUCACAGCCACAGCAGAUCGCGCAAACCGAAAAAGACCCAGCGGCGAAGAUCAGGAAGCCACAAGUCGUCGCGGAGCCACUACAGAUCUCGUAGUAGAUCGAGGGACAGAGGAGGGGAUCCAGAUAAAACAGCGAAGCAUCGAAACAAGCAUAGACGCCAUUGAUCAGACAGAAUUUUUGUAAGAAAGAACAAUUUCAUUUCCUAUGUGACCAUGAACAUGUAAUUUAGUCGAAUUAUUAUCUUAGGUAUAUUUACUUAAGAGUAAUCGCGGCUCCAUUAACAAAUGAUAUGAAUGUAUUUUAUUAAGUAACAAUCAAAUAAAAGUUAUAUUUCGAAUGAGA